GCCACGUAGACAUGCAUACAACUGCGAAGGAGCAACUAUUUUGUAAUAAUUCUUUCCAACUGAUGAUGAUUUAUAAAUUUUACGGUCAACUCUUCUAAGAAGGUUUUUAUCCAUCUGAUAUCCUCGUUUCCAAAAAGUCUAAAGAAAUGGCAUCGCAUCAAAUUUUUCAAAAUAAUGAAAAUCUCGAUGAGGACGAGCUAUCUUUCUUUCGAAUGGACUCAAGCCUGGGACAUGGAGCGUAUGGCCUCGUCAUGAAAGCUACAGAUAUACGGAACAAUUCCAACCAUGCUAUAAAAUUUCUAUUUCCGCGCUUGGCGGGAAUCUCCUUCUUCAGUUUCCUCACUUGGAAGCGAGCAACCUCACGAUGAGUGGAAACUAAUUAUGCGAGAGUGUAAAAUCGCCACAACGCUACCACUACAUGAGAAUAUUGUAAAGGUCAUCGCUGUGCUUGAUGGCAGCUUUACUGAAUCUCGGUUCAACGACGUAUUACCGGAACGUAUCCUUAAAACCGUUAAAGAAAUCGUGAUCCGAAAUAAUCUCCUUCUAACCCUGAAGCACGGGACGUAUUUAAAUUUACGUUGUCUCCAGAUGGAACUGUGCGGUGAAAAUUUAAGACAAUGGCUCAACCACCCAGGUAAAAUCGAAGGUCCCACCCUUCUUCACGAACAAUUUUCCAUCAUUAAAAACCUUAUCGAUGGACUUGCCCAUUUGCACAAACAUAAAAUCUUACAUCGCGACCUUAAACCAGAAAAUGUGAUGUUCUCCCAGCCAGGAUUUGUACUUCCCGUGAAAAUCGGAGACUUUGGUCUUUGUCGAUAUCUACAUUCUGAAAAAAGCGGAACAGAUUCUCUCACAAGUUGGAGAGGAACGGUCCACUACAUGGCCCCUGAGAGUCAAAGUAAUGAAUACAGCUUUUCAACCGAUCUUUACUCGUUGGGAUUAAUAAUAUGGGAGGUAGCCCAGCUCAUUAAAUCAGAAGAGAGGCAUAGAUUAUUCCAGGGCCUUACUAUCGACAAGGACGAAACCUUGGUUACCGUAAAGCCAGAAACGUUCGGGUUACGUGAUCUCGUUAUAGCCUUAACGAAAAGGAAAGAAGCAGAUCGGCUACAAGAUAUACAUCAAAUUAACAAACAAUUCGUUGAAUUCAUGUUCUGUGAUUUAAAACAACACUAUUCAGUAGAAAACAUUUGGAACUUCCCGCUGAUUGCACGGGAUGAGAUGGAACUACAUAAUAUUUUAUCCACCGCAAAACCAGGAUCGACGAUCCAGUUAAUUAAAAAAUCUAUGUCGGACACUUUACCUUGAAAGGCAAAAGCAUCACGAUUAUUGGGAAGGGAGAAAACACUGUAUUGGAACUUGAUGGACGUGCAAGUGUUCUUGUCGUGCAUGGAACGGACCACAACAUUUCACAUGUUAAAAUUACGCAAAUUCAAGACGAUCCAAGAUCUACUUGUUUAAGGGUUGAGGGUGGCAAAAACUGUUUUCGUGACGUGUUUCUUUCCGGGGCAAAAGAGUGUAUUAAGAUAUCUGGUAGUGACAAUAAAUUUGAUAAGGUGAAUAUUUCUGAGGCUAGGGUUGGUAUAAAUAUAUCUGGUUCCCAGAAUGAAUUGCGUAGCAUUAUGCUUGAUGGAGUCACAAGUUAUUGUGUACGUGUUAGUGGAUCAUCAAAUACCAUAUCGGAUAUCACAGCUAAAAAUGCUAAAUAUUGUAUUAUCUCGUCAGGUGGGUAUAAUAAGUUCUGCGAAAUCAAAUUCGAUCUGGGAAAAUACCGAGGGAAUCGUGAGUCACUUGUUAAAUUUGAGGAAUUUGCACACUUCAACCAAAUCGAAAAUUAUACGGCUUAUAACACUCAAAAUUCAAGGCCGGAACUUUUCAUCACAUCCAACAAUUGUAUAGUAAGCAGCAGCAUAUUCAAUUCAGUUUAUAUCCAUGGCAACAACGCUACACUAACAGAUGUGGAUGGAGGUGAAGAAAUUUAUAUCUACUCCGAUUCCAAUGGGGUAGUUUUAAAGAAUUGCAAUGCUUCAUUUCUUACAGCGACUCACAAAGUUCAACGUAUCGCUUCAAAAUUUGAGGAAGUGCAAGUACUAGCAUUAACAUAAACAUUUUCAAAUAUUUAUUUAUAGGCGACGACUAUUCAGAUUAUGUCAUGCCGUGUGAAAGGAAAUAUUUACUGGUGGAGAAGAAAAUAACCUAAUCUUACUUCUGCUUUGACAAGUUUUUAUAAGUAUUAAAUAAAUCAUUUACAUAUAUAAUUAGAUUGAUCGGCGUGGUGGACAUAUUUUUGAAAUUGAAUGUAUUGACGAACUUUCGGCACAUAGAGAUACCUUCAUCAGGUCAUAAAUUUUAAUAAAUAAUAAAUCAUUUACCAAUUAAG